AAACAAGAAUGGGCUCACAGUUAAUCCCAUUCUGGGACUUGUCCUCUCAUCCUUAUUCCUCACUAUUUCCUCUUUUUCCUCACCACUUGCGCCUCAGUUUCCAAGUUUUUGGAUAUGGGUAUUUGCCUGGCCAAACCAGCAAAGCUUGCUCAUGCUUCUUCUAGCUUAUUUGCUGAGAAUAAGGCAUCUUCUCCCUCUGAGAAGAAAGGCUCCAAUAAUUCCAGCCAGCCAACGCCCAAUGGCAGUGUGGCCAAUACUCUUGCAACUCCCAGUUGCAAUCCCCCCGCCUUAAGUAACCUCAAGCCUUUCGCCUUCAAUGACCUAAAAGUCGCCACUAGGAAUUUCCGGUCUGACAGUCUUCUCGGUGAGGGAGGUUUUGGCUAUGUCUUCAAAGGAUGGGUAGACGAAAACUCAUUCGCUCCCUGCAGACCGGGAACCGGGAUGGUAGUGGCUGUAAAGAAACUUAAGCCCGAGAGCUUCCAAGGUCACAGAGAAUGGGUUUCGGAGGUUAACUACUUAAGCGAGCUCCAUCACACGAAUCUCGUGAGGUUGAUCGGGUAUUGCUUGGAAUCUGAAAACAGACUUUUGGUUUACGAGUUCAUGCCAAAAGGAAGCUUGGAAAACCAUCUGUUCCGGAAAGGAGUUCAACUCAUGCCUUGGUCUAUUAGAAUGCGUAUUGCUGUUGAUGUUGCACGGGGUUUAUCCUUCUUGCAUGGUCUCAAUGCGAAUGUGAUCUACCGGGACCUUAAGGCUUCCAACAUUCUUCUUGAUUCGGACUUCAACGCGAAACUUUCUGAUUUUGGCCUUGCGAGAGAUGGUCCUGUUGGAGACAAGUCUCACGUUUCAACUCGGGUAGUAGGAACUCGAGGCUAUGCUGCACCAGAAUAUGUUGCCACAGGUCACUUGACUCCAAAGAGCGAUGUCUACAGCUUCGGGGUAGUCCUGCUAGAGCUGCUAUCAGGAAAGCGAGCCCUAGGCGACGAGAGCGUAGGGGGCGCCGAAGAAACCUUAGUCGACUGGGCGAGGCCAUCCCUAAACGAUAGCCGACGAGUUGUGAGAAUCAUGGACACCAGGUUAGGUGGUCAGUAUUCCAAGAAAGGUGCUCAAGCUGCAGCUGCUCUUGCCUAUAAGUGCCUCCACAUAGACCCAAAAGCAAGGCCACCCAUGGCAGAUGUUUUAGCUGCACUUGAAAACCUCCCAGUACCAAAAGAUGCAUCUAGGGCAACACAAAAGAAAUUGGAUCACUCUCACAAGACAGUAAGAGCCCCCACAAACUCCAGAUAGUAUAUGUUUCAACUAUUUGCAUUCCUAGUCCUAGGUAGCAGAUAAAAACAUAAUGUUUUUGUGCUAGUUUUGGUUUUAUGUUGGAGUUCUAGUUCUAUUAUGUAUGCAUAUUUAGUGACUAGAUGUAACAUGUGAAAUGUAAAUGCCACUGUAAACUACCAAAAGAACCCUGUAUGUAUACAUUUUUUUAUACAUUAUGAAUGAGAUAUGGUCCAGUUUUUUGUCA